UAGGCAGCCCCUACUAUCCCAUUGUUCGGUGAUAAACUCAGCAGGAACAGGGAAAGCAAAGAGUGGGAGACAAACAUGGCGGGAAACCAACCGCUUCAAAACUCGAAGAGAGGAAUCCUAGAACCCGUGAAAGAGCUGUGGCAGAUACACUAUUCUCGCUUCUUCAGCUUUCCUCGUCUCUCGUCGACUUGCGCCAUCCUCAAGCCCCUUUCUUCUCGAUGCAUCAAGAAAAACCCUCAUGGCUUGCAUGGCAAAUGGGUCUCUUCAUCUUCGAUGGCCUCUCUGCAUCUCAAAAAUGAUUACGCUGAUGCUCGUGGGUUCGUCCUCGUUGUCUCAUUUCAAGGGAAAGUCUAUGAAGAACACCACAUUGCGAAGCUGAAUUUCUCUUGGCCUCAGGUGUCAUGUCUGGAUGAAUGCCCUAUUCGAGGUAGCAGAGUUGUAUUUGCAAGUUACAGAGACAGUUUAGGCCAGGUCCAAAAGUUUGCCAUGCGCUUUUCAUCAUCUUCUGACUCGCAAACAUUUGUGAACUCAUUAAAGGAAAGCUUGAAGGAUGUGAGAAAUAUAAGACUUACAAACAGGACGUUUGGAUUAAAAAAGACCUCUUCAUCUAAGCAUAUCUCUACAAAGGCCAUUCAUGAGAGACAUGUUGAGGAAUUGAGCAACGUGAAUCCUGUUGGGAAUUAUGGUCCUGUAAUACAACCCAUGUCAAAUAAUGAAAGCAUAUAUCCUGGGAAUCCAGUACUUGCUGAUGGCUCACAAACUGCCUGUGCUCCCUUGCCUUCCAGCUUCACUGCUUUCCUCCUUGACUCUUGCACCGUGGCUGAAGAAGAAGAACUGCCAAAAGCAUCCAAUGAGGCAUUUUAUCUCAAUACCCAAGUGAAGAGUAUGACAGAUUAUUCUUUCCAUAGUAUGUUGAUGAAAUUAGAGAUGGUUAUUGAUGAACUAGGAGGAGACUUGGCACUGUGAUUGCCAAUGGUUUUGCAGCAACCACCAAAGUUUUGCUCUCAACCUCGAGUCUGCAACUUGUAAUUACCUGAACCAGAUUCACUACAAAGACCAUCACUUUUUUCGGCAUUGGCAUUGUAUAUUGCUUAACGCUACUAGUACACUGAACAAUUAUGGUGCUGCAACUCAUCAUACUGAAAUUUCUCAUUUCUAUUCAGUUAUACAAUGCAAAUUUACUCAAAAAUCAGUGUCAAAAAAAUUAUCAAUUUCAUGGUCUACUAUAUCAGAACUCUGCAUUUAAACUGUACAGCUUUCAGGGUUGAGUUGUAAUGGCUGGUGCCCUUUUUUCAUAGUUGAAUAUGAUGAUUCAGUUUGGGGCUA